AUGCCCCGUCGUGCCAGCGCACUCCAGCUCCUCGCGCUCCUGCUGCUGCUGAGCAGGAGUAGCUCAGCUGUGCAGAACGACGCCACUGAGUCAGACAGCAUUCAGCUGGUCCACGAUACUGAAGACGAGUUGGUUAAUGAAGAUACGAACCAGGCGAGGAACGGCGGGAGACAGCUGGCUGACGCUGUGCGUAAUGGCCCAGACCAGAGCCAGGUGGGCUGCAGGGAGCUGAGGUCCACAAAGUACAUCUCUGAUGGCCAGUGCACCAGCGUCAACCCCAUCAAGGAGCUAGUGUGUGCUGGGGAGUGUCUGCCGGCCCACCUGCUGCCCAACUGGAUUGGGGGUGGGGGUUACACUGGGAGGUACUGGAGCCGCCGCGACACCCAGGAGUGGCGUUGCGUCAUUGACAGGACCAGGACUCAGCGGAUCCGUCUGCAGUGCCAGGAUGGCAACUCCAGGACCUACAAGAUAACUGUGGUGACCUCCUGCAAGUGCAAGCGCUACUCCAGAGAGCAGAAUGACUCUGGACACAAGGAUACACCUGUCCACAGUGGAAAACAGAGGAAAAAGGCUGGACUGCCUGAGGAGAGAGACAGGGGACAGUCUGACAACUAA